UGCGACACCGACCGAGCAAUAGAACAGAACGCAAAGUGAACGAUCGAUUUUUCACAAUCGAUUUCCACCUUUCGGCAAACAGUGUGUGCAAAUCUGACGUCCUCACAAGAGCAAUUUCGAUUCGACUGCUAUCACACAUUUUUUUUUUGCUACUCAAAGUGCCUCAGUGACCUUGUGUGUUUCGCGUGGUGCCAUCACCGUCUAUUUUUAGAAAAGACAACGAGGAAAAAAAACGCAGCCAACAAAAUCAACAAGAAGUAAUUCCGGAGUCGCUAGGAAGUACUAUGCUUUCAAGCAGAUUGUCUUAGAGGAGAGUGCACUAGAACUUUAAAAACUUACUGCGGGAAAAAACAAACAAACAAAAAAACACAGCAAGCCAACUAAAAAUUUCCGCUGAGUGACAUGGAUGCAAAACGGCAUUCAUGCGCGGCCGUUUGGCCGCUUCUGUUGCUGGCCAUGUGCAUUGGAAUCAGCCGAGCUCAUGUAGCCCUGACGUUCCCGCCGGCCAGGCAACCGGCCUGGGAUUUUCUCGACUCUGGACGUACACCACCGCCGUGCGGCGUUCCCAAAGGAAGCCUCAAGACAUCGAUUCUAAGCGGGUCGGCGUUCAAUGUCACCUGGCACCUGGGCUAUCCUCACCGCGGUGGCUACAGGAUUCAAGUGCUGGACGCCAGCGAGAAGCCCAUUUUAGAUUUGACGAAUGGCGGUCAACAGAACAAGAGUUCCGUCUUCGUCGAAGGCGACCCGACAGCCUUGUCGUAUCUGGUUCACCUGCCCAAAGAUUUCGAGUGUCGUGAUUGUACCAUCCGACUCAUCCGGCAAGCUUCCGAAUGGGGAAAGAGCUACAUGUUUUGGAGCUGCGCCGACGUCGACAUUAUUCCUCGCCCCGAGUAUCGAGAGACGUGCUCGGGUCACGGCAAGGAUAUUGCGGGCCGAUGCCGCUGCAAUCCGCUCUAUUCCGGACACCGUUGCCAAUAUCGAGACGAGUGCAGCGAGGAUAAGGACUGUGGCCGGCACGGCAAAUGCGUCAAUCUGGAGGCUACCACGCACCCAAAGAGGCAAUGCUUUUGCGAGAUGGGAUGGUUCGGACCCCAGUGCAAUAAACAAUCACCGGUGAAAGAUCCGAGCAUCAUCAAUUUCGCCGAUUACCGCAAGGAGGUGAUGAGCGACGCCUUCGAGUUCUACUGGCGCGUGUUGCGCAACUCGCAAGAGCUGGAGGCCGUCAUGGUGGUCAAAGGCGGCACCGGGUACGCUGCAGUCGGAUGGAGACCUCUAGCCCUCACAGCCGCCUGCAAAGGCUUCCCAUUCCUCGAGGACAUGGCCGCAUCUAAUGCAACGGAUCGCCAUCAACAUCAUCCGGCUUCGUUAUCCUUGCCGAUUAACGCAGUUCCCACAUCCGAAUCAGCGGUACCAGAACCUGAGCCGGAGCCAGAAGCUGAACCCGAACCUGUUGCCGAACCGGAGCCAGAAGCGGAACCGGUUGCCGAACCUGUCCCAGAACCGAUACCCGAGCCAUCGCCUGAGCCCGCCAUCAUCCCCGCUACCAAUCAAAGUGCCCAUCACGAUCACGGUGAUCACGCCGAUCAUCACCAUAACACUGAACUACCGACAGCAAAACAUUUGACAUCCGUCAACAGCAAUCGCGAAGAUUUAACAGAAAGUCCGACUGAAAUACGCCAAACUGUUCCAACAACCCGAAAGCCCCGUCCAAAGUUGCCGGUGCUUGGCCGUUCUCCACUUGCCCCUAAAACAAGCCCGACGACAACGACGACAGCAGCAUCUACGACGACUUCAACUACGGAGCCUAGCGCUGACAUCGACACUGUCCGCGACGUGGCGUCGGUUUCGACGACGACGGGCGUCCCAACAACAACAAAGAAACUAUCGCCGCUGGAUCGGCUGAUCGCUAAAAACAAACUCAAUAGCCGCAAUACGCAAACAACGGAGAAGCCUGUCGAAUUGGAACCUGUCCAGGCUAAAGGAUCGGUGACCCGUAUCCAGCUCUCUGAUCUUCCGGAAGCCGGAAUCAGCACAGGAGUUGGUGGGAAAAGAUCAACAAGAAACGUGGUAGAACAAGAAAUCAUUUCAUCAUUGGCCGAUUCAAGCCGACGCGAAAGACAAAUGCCAAUCAGCCCGGUUGCCUUCCCUGGUCCACGCUUGAACACGUUUAAUAGCCCUACGAGUUCUUUGACUGUUUUGCCGGCCACCCCAAGAUUGCCGAAACCUAAACCCGCUUUCAGUCCGGUUAGCGGAUCUGAUGGAUGGAUUCCAAUGUCCCCGAAGAAUAACGUGCCAUCUCCUACACCUGUCAUCGGGUCCAUUGCUCCAGUUAAAGGACCUGUUAUUGAGCCUGCCAUUGCGGCGGUGGACAACAGCAACGACCGAAUGGAUCACUUCGCCGAAGAAAUUCCAUUGCUUUUCACGGUUCCGUCUGGGCGCAUCCCGGUCACCGUGUUUCCAACGACAGCCAGUGUGACACCGAAAUUAAAUCUGAGAGAGGAAACCACCGAGGCGAAACCACCGCCGACAACAAAUAAACCGACAACAAAGAAAGUACCAAGUCAAGCGGAACUGCAACCCAUUACAUCCGUGGAACCCGCCCCGGAACCGUCUGACGUCGUAACGGAAACGAAAGCGAAAACUUCCGAUCCUGAACCUCAGCCGGAACCAGAGGUAGAUGAUGCAGCACCUGAACCUGAGCCUCAACCAGAGCCAGCUCCCGAACCCGCUCCCGAGCCAGAACCCGAACCCGAGCCCGCUCCUGAACCUGCAGCUGAACCCGAGCCCGCUCCUGAACCGGCAGCUGAACCCGAACCUGUCCCCGAACCCGCUCCUGAACCUUCUCCAAAAUCUCCCGCCGUACAAUCGGAAUCAGUGGCAGAACCCGUUCCAGAACCGGAACCUAAAUCCGAAACGACUGCAAGUGGCGACAAGGGACACGGCGGACAUCACGGUCAUCACAACCACGUCCACGAUCACAGUUCGCACGAGAAGGAGCCGGCGGAUUACAAACCCGCUCACAAGUACGCUCCUAAAGCCGAUUUCCACCCGAUGGAUUGCACGGAUAUCAUCAUCGGAAUGGCCCGCGGCAAUUACUCGCGCAUCGGGGAUUAUUACACGCGUGACAGAUCGACUCCGCAGCUGGAUAGUUUCUACGGAGGCCGUCAAGAUUUGACAGCGGCUUUGGGCUUUGAGCGCGACGGCCAGACGGUCAUCCUCUUCCGUCGCAAAUUGAACAGCAGCGACGAAGCGGAUCACAUCAUCGGGGCGGAUCCUAUGCAAGUCAUUUGGGCCAGAGGUCAGGAGCACGGCAAAUAUGUCCACAGUCCGCCUUCCGGCCUGGAGAAGGAGUCGGCCUCGAUAGCCGAUUUCUACAAAGCUGAUGAAUUGAAAUACCACGGCAAAGGCGACCAGCGUGGCGUUACCGUCAUCACUUUUAUCGAACCACCUGCCAAGGUUGACGUCGUUAAGAACGAAAGCCACGCUGGAGGUGAUCAUCAAGCUGGACCAUCAAGCGCUGGCGAUCACCAUCAGCAUGGGAGCGGUGGUCGGCAUGUUCACAAGAGCAAGGCCCUUUGCGGAGGCGAGUGGAAGUAUCCCGUGUCGUGCGACCCGUUCGAGAUGGACUGCACCUACUACGCCAAAUGGGAAUAUCUGGAAGGGAACGACCAGAUCCGUUUCACCAUCACGGCUAAUCACACAAACCGAUGGGUGGCCAUCGGUUUCUCUGAAACCACCUCCAUGCCUCAAACGGACGUCGUACUGGGCUGGGUCGACCCCAACGGCCGCGCCUUUGUCGGUGACAUGUGGGCCGUUGGCUAUAUGGCUCCCAAAUUGGACGACAGCCAGGAUUUGAUUAACGCUACGGGUCAAAUUAUAGACGGCAAAACGACGUUAACAUUCCAGCGGCAACGCGUCACCAAAGAUAAGGAACAGGAUGUCCAGUUUACGGACGACACCUGCCUUUAUUUCAAGUUUCCGGUCAACGGCGGAACUCGCAACGCAGUCAACAAGAAGAUCGGCAAACAUUUGCAAACACCUUUUAUUUCAUCCGAUCGUGUCUGCAUCCGCUCAUGCGGAUUAGGAACUGGAAAGUUUAACGGAAUUGCCUACACAACGACGCCUCCACCGCCCACGAUCGCCUAUAACAUCGGCUUGAAAAUGGUCGGGUUAGCUAACGAUUUCGAAGUGCCGCAAAUUGGCAGCCCCGAAUUCAACGAAUUGGCUGACAGGUUCGGGCGUCAAGUGGAAAACGCACUGCAAGCUGGAAAAGUGCCCGGAUUCAAAGAAGCAGCCGUCACGGAAUUCUUAGAGGAGGAAGGAGGUUUAAUAGCCAACAUGAUUGUUGUGCUGGACAAGAAAUCAACAGAAGAAUUCGAACAAUCGUCAGAUCUGAAAAUUGAAACAGAAAAUGUUGUUCGAACCGCAUUACGAGGUGCCAUCGCUGGCGGCCAAGUGGGAACCAUCCGGGUAGACCCGUCUUACCUCAAAUUCGAAACGGUUCUAGAUGCUGACUCAUUGGAUCCGCUCGAAGUGUCCGGCCGCGGAUGGAAUUCAAGCCUGACCACCAUUAGUUUGUACAGCGUUAUCGGCUGCAUCAUCGUCUUGGUCAUUAUCGCCAUCAUCCAAGCUUCGUGCACCAUCUACAAAGUGUCUCGCAAGUCACCGUCGUCAGUCAACAAGGAUCAAGCGGCUGUGAAUUGGCGCGAUUACUCUUCAACCAACUACGCUUACGAGCCUUUCGAGACGGACGAGGCGCUGAGAGCGGCCGCUGUCUUGGCAGCAAAUGGCUCUAAUGGACACACGGUGAUGACGGCCAGCACCACCAACGGCCUUGCUCCGAGGGCUAUGCAAAGGCCACCGUCCAAUGGCAGCUUGCAGUCCAAGAUGACAACUGAUCGAAACACAACUUACUCGUUACCGCACAAAGCCAACAUGCAAGCAAUGAGUAAUGGCACUCUCGGACCGGACCACCAGCCAAACGGGCGGCCAAGGACCCAUUCCAGCACUUCAUUCCACCAGCCCGAUUUCUAUUUUAUGCCUUCCCAACGCCGCUAUUCUGGAUACGCAGAUUAAAUUUUCAUCAUUGGACAAACGGAUAAGUUGAAAAAAACAAAAACAGGACAAAACAACAUGAAUUUAAGCGCAAAUAUGUCUCUUUAGACCAUGUCAUUCAAUCACCCCUCCCCUCCCAAUAAUUUUCAAAAAGAUUAUACGAAGUAUUUCCUCAUCGUUAAUGAUAAUAUUCGUGAGUGUGAUUUUUUUUUUAUUUUGCAAGUGUUUAAAUGUCCCCCUUUCCCAUUCCCCACAACAACAUGAUGGCCUUAUACGAAAAUCUUUUUACCGUGUUUUGAUAUAAUUAAAAGUCCGGCUCAAUGUAUGUACAUAUAACAACAUAUGACAAAAAAAUAUGAAAUUAACAAGAGCUCGCAAAUACACCGUCUUUUACAUCCAAA